AAGAGUGAGAGCAAGUGAGGAGGAGGAGGAGUGGAGGAGAGAAGCAGGGGAUCAGCCUGUCAGUCAGUCAGUGUGGAGCUAGAAGAGGACGCUGGACAUUCAUCUCCCCAGAUGCUCUCAUUGACAUAGGGCCCACUCAAUCAAUGCCAGAUCAGCGACAACCCACGCUUCUCUCAACAGCAGCAACUCAGAGGGACCACAUAGAAUGGAGGAGGACACAAUGAAAUUAGUUGAAUCCAUAGGAACAAUUGAAGAAAAACCUCUUAAACCAUUUCCAUUCUGAGGCAAGUCAAGCGGAGAUCUGAGGACUUUUAAAAUGUUUUCCUUUCCCGGUAUCCAGCCACGGGAGCAUGUGGACAUGAUUUACAUCUCCAUGGAGACAGCCAUCGCCCUGGCCUCUGUGCUGGGAAACGUGCUGGUGGUGCUGGUGGUUUGUGUAAACCGCGCCCUGAGAGACACCACGUUCUGCUUCAUCGUGUCUCUAGCGGUGGCCGACAUCGCUGUGGGAGCCCUGGUCAUUCCCCUGGCUAUAGUGAUUAGUCUGGGGCUGAAGACUCAAUUCUACACCUGCCUCUUCCUCGCCUGUCUGCUCCUCAUCAUCACCCAGGGUUCCAUCCUGUCUCUAAUGGCCAUCGCCAUUGACCGCUACCUCCGGGUCAAGAUUCCCAUCAAGUACAGCAUCAUCGUGACCCAGAACAGGGCAUGGGUGGCAGUGUUCCUGUGCUGGCUCCUCUCUGCCCUGACCGGGCUGGUGCCAAUGUUGGGCUGGCACAACGAGCACACACAUGGUAACCUCAGCACCACCAGUGAUGACAUAAUAGUUUGCACAUUUACCACGGUCAUGCGCAUGGACUACAUGGUCUACUUCAACUUCUUCGGCUGGGUGGUGGUUCCUCUGACCAUCAUGAUCGCGCUGUACGCUGAGAUCUUCAGGGUGAUCCGGAAGCAGCUCAACAUGCGUGCAGAGGCCACUUGCGACACCAGCAAGUACUUGCACAAGGAGCUAAAAUUAGCCAAGUCCCUGGCGCUCGUCGUCUUGCUAUUCGCUCUAUGCUGGUUGCCCCUGCAUGUCAUGAACUGCAUCCUCUUCUUCUGCCCGGAGUGUGGGAUGCCCAAGAGCGCCAUGUACGUGGGCAUCUUUAUGUCCCAUGUCAACUCUGCCCUCAAUCCGCUGGUCUAUGCCUUCCGGAUACAGCGGUUCCGCGCCACGCUAGUCCAGAUCGCCCGCCGCUGCAUGCUGUGUAAACACAAGGAGACCAGCCCCUGCCCCAACCAGCCCAGCCCGCCACCCCUGUCUGAUAAAUCUCCAGUCCACCCUUAGCCAGGACCUUCAUUGUUUCUAUGCUUUUCCUGUGGAAUAGUUGUGUUAAAGAAGUAGCCAUAGUGCAAUGAUGAGGAAACUUGUGUUAUGCAACCGUGUGAUGAACCCUGGGAUGAAGGAAACAGUACGUGGACACCCCCAAUUACUGGAAUGAACUCCAACAAAGAGCACUUCACUGAAUUAUGGAAACGAAAUGAAUUUAUAAUUGAUAUAGGCCCCACCUGGGAAAGACAAUCCAGGAAAAAGGAAGACUUUAAAUAAGAAUUAGCCCAGCCCAUAUCUGUAAUUUCACUCACUGAUGCCAGCUGCAAUGCAUAUUGAAUAAUUUGCUGUAUAUCGAGAUCCUUGUCAAAUUGGCCUGUAACACACUCAUCCUCUUUCAGCUUUAGUGCCAAGGUAGUGGCAUGUGUAUGGGUGGGUUGCUGUUACCUUGCCAACUGUUUUGGCAAAUGGCGUUGUAACAAAAAUAACGAUUUACAAGAGUUGGUUCAGUACUACUGUAAAAUCCCAUGCUUUCCCAGGAAGAUCACUCAAUAUGCCUAUAUCUGUUUUACAGUCAAGCUAUUGUCCAUCACGGUCCACAAAGGAAAUGUAAAUCAAGACAAUUCUCUGUAAACCAAGCUCCACAGAUUAUUCUAAAGAAGAACGCUGUUUUCAGGUGAACAGGUUCAACAAUGCUUUGUUUGAGAAGAAUGAUCUGUAGUAUUUUCUCCUGAGCUUGGUUGUGCCAUAAUUUUUAUAACACUGACAGGGUGUUGGAAAACGCUCCGGGCAUCUGAGUGAGCCCGAUUUAAAUCUAGAGUGAAUUAAUUACAUGCAGUACAUUAUGGCUGUGUGAUUUAUACAACCCUGGAAAACCUUUAUGCAAGCCUUUGUCAGUUCUGCUUCCUCAUCAACUUGACCCUCACAAGGCACUUCCGUAUAACUGAUACACAUAGGGGUAGGUGGUUGGAAAGAGAGUCUGGUGAUAUUGCAUUUGCAUUCAAAGUUAAUAAAUAAUCACAUCCUACUAAUUACACACUAGCUAAAUUGCUUGACAAUCUGCAUCAUCAGCAUUGUUUUAUAUGGCUAUCGGAGUACGGAAUUUUUUGAGAUUCUGAUAUUACCUCCAAAUGUUUCCUAAAUGUAGAGAUACUGAAAGCAUGCACUGUCCUUGUUUAUGAUGUACUUCGACAUCAUCUUUAUCACAAAGUACAAAUACAGCUCUGACUGAGGAGCACGCGAAAUGUGGGUUCAACAAUGGGCAACCCACCACUUGGCAAAGCACGCCGCAGAAACCAAUCAAUCCUGAGCCCAAAGGGGGUUAACACCUGACCCCAGAGAGUGAAGCGGUGGACUCAAAUAAAGAGAGGGCUCAGAUCCUGCAUGGAUCUGUUAGAAAUAGCUGUUAGAAAUGGACAGUCCACACAGACGAAAUACUUCAUGACAGGACAUGGGAGAGGUGACACUGAGGCAAGGGCUUGUGCAAUUUGCUCCUGUCACUCAUGUUGUCGGUGAAAGAGGAGACUGACCUGAUUGACAAAAGCCAAUUUUCCAUGUUUAGUUCACACACACACACACACACACACACACACACACACACACACACACACACACA